CCAGUUGGUUACCAAUUGUAUAAUGCAACUUUAUAUCCUCACAUGGCUUACCAAGGAUUGUAUCACCUUCCUGGACAGGCUUUGGACUUGGAGCAGGGGCAGCCGGCUUCCAUGGUGGCAGGGCAGCCAGCUUCCAUGGUGGCAGGGCCACCAGCUUUUCAGGUAGCUGGUGGAGUUGGAGUUGGAGUGGUAGGUUUCUGGAUUGAUGAACAACAGGCCCUUGGUAUCUUUGUUACUGCUCAUCUGUUGCUGCUGCUGUGCUUGAUGUGUACCCACUUGGUUGUGGCUCUAAGUCUUCUAGUUUGGUUAGGCAACUACCCAUUUUACCCUAAUUCUCAGUAAUCUUUACAAGCUGAAAAGGGUGUAAAAGAACCAGAGAAACAGACUGGCACUUACGAAUUGGAUUGAGAACUUGGUGAAGGACAGUAAUUGCGCUAGGAAGAGAUGGAAAAACAAUGCAGAAUAUCGAACAAAACAGGAACUUUCAAUUCAAGAUUUGAGUUUUGAAGGGGAUAUAUUACAUUGUGCACCGAAGGAAUGAAUUCGAUAAUGAAACAAAAAACCCAGAUUGGGACAUUGAGAUAGGGAAUAUAAAGAGUGGAUGUUCCC